GAGGCUCGUUCGUGGGACAUCUUCGAAGCUCAGUACCACGCGAGGCAUCCAGCCGCAGCGAGCCCUCCGCGCUAGCGCAUCCCGCCACAGUGACAGGAGGGAAGCUGGCUGUGGCCGCUGCUCCCGAGCCCCGCGCGCGUUAGAGUCGCCUUGGCUUUCCGGCUGGAAGAUGAUUCCUGCAGCAGGACCGUGUUGCUGAUGACGAACAGCAGAGUGGCUGGAAGAUGCCUUCCUUGAGGAUUACACGUGGAGCAAGGCCAUCAGUCAAGGGGAGAGCUGGCUGGUGAAACUGUCUGACUUUCCCCCCGCCGGGGAAGUGGCUUCAAUGGCUCCAUCUCCCAGGAGAAGCAGUAGGAAAGAUGCCAGCGCCUUGCCAAGCAUGUCCUCAACUUUCUGGGCUAUCAUGAUCCUGGCUAGUCUCCUAAUCGCUUACUGCAGUCAGCUGGCUGCAGGUACAUGUGAGAUUGUUACUUUGGACAGAGACAGCAGCCAGCCCCGAAGGACUAUAGCCCGACAAACAGCUCGCUGUGCAUGUAAAAAAGGACAGAUUGCCGGCACAACAAGAGCAAGGCCAGCGUGUGUGGAUGCACGAAUUAUCAAAACAAAACAGUGGUGUGAAAUGCUUCCAUGUUUAGAAGGAGAAGGCUGUGAUUUGCUAAUCAAUAAAUCAGGCUGGACCUGUACACAACCAGGAGGACGGAUAAAGACAACCACGGUCUCCUGACAAAUGCAGCAACACAGAAUCCUCGUAGGAGUGGUUUAGGCUCUCUGUGAGCUACUUAACUUAGUCAAGUUUCACUGCUGUUGACCAUCAUCUGUUAUAUGUCAUCAACUCAACUGUCUGUUUCUCUGUAUCUCAUAAAUGACAGCAUAAUUCCUCUGCAUUAUGAGCUAAAGUUUGUUCUACCAUUCUAAGGAUCACUGGACUAAGGAAUAUAGAAAAAGAGAUAUGCUUGGGCAUUAGCAAUACAAAAAAGUUCAUGGUUAACGUUUCAUCUGCGUUACACACCACUGCUGGACUUGCUGUUACCUACAUGUUUCAAUCCGAAGAGUCUGCUACAAUGAAGAGUAUCAUCCCAAUCAGCCUUAGAGAAGACUGUUUUGCCUAUGGGAGGACACUGAGGUGCAAAAGAGAAACUCUUCUUGUGCCCUAAACUGUCUGAAUUGCUUUUAUUUUCUUAUACUUUCAGUAUUUACAAUAGACCAAAGAGCAAAAUCUAUUUUAAAGUGGACACAAUCUUACUCUUAAGAGAGUUAUGUCAUUAAAUUGAAGGAGGUCUCCACAAAGACAUUAUUCCAGCUUUCACAAAGCUGAAAUGUUGUCCAGCAGAAGUCUUUACGGAAAGCUGAAUUAAAAACUAACUCAGAGACCUGCUCUUGAAAUGCCAUGUUCAAGAGAAUGUACUGGAGCACUGAGAGAAAAUGACCUAUGUUUGAAAAACGUGGACAAAAAGAAAACACAAACUGUCUACACGGCACCUUUAUUCCUCUGUACUUAGAUUGACUUUCUCGUACUAAAAUCAUUUUCCGUUUUAACCAGUUAAACAUGCCUCUUCUACAGUUCCAUUUUUGAUAGUUAAAGUUGGAUAAUACAGUAUUUGCAAAGAGCAUGUUUGGUCAUCUGUGGCCUCUGUCUCAUCUGAUACACCAUUUAGCACCAGAAAGCAAAUUAAAGAGAAAACAAAAGUAACACUUGUUUGAAAGAGAUCAUUAAAUGUAUUUUGAAAAGCCUAAAGUUAUAUAUUUAACAGUUUUUAUAUGUUGUAUAUUUGUAGAAAAUCCUAUUUAACAAUUAACGUGAUAACUCUGACAGUCAUGAGAAGUGGUUCAGAGUUAAGUUGUGUUUUAUUACUUCAGUUGUCUCUGAAGUGACCGGUGUCGUUUGCUUUCUUCCAUUGGGACAUUCUGGAUGUAAAGCAUGACCAGAGAGGACUGUGUAGAAAAAGCAAAGAAUAAUGUUGUUUAUAUUACAUAAAUGCAUUCAACCAUUGCACUGUUGGAAGGCAUUUUUUAUUUUUAUUUUAUUUUUAAUUUUUGUCUUUGGUACUGAUAAAAAUAGAGUGUAAAAUAUUUUACUCAUUGCUCUUCAUAGCAAGGUUUUCCUUCCUUCCUUCCUUCCUUCCUUCCUUCCUUCCUUCCUUCCUUCCUUCCUUCCUUCCUUCCUUCCUUCCUUCCUUCCUUCCUUCCUUCCUUCCUUCCUUCCAUCUCUUAUGUAAGGGUCAGUUUGAAGCCUGUUCCUUGAUUCCAUUUUCAGUGUUUUACCUCAUUGUUAAAAAGCCCACUUUUUCAGCAUUAUUGGUUAGUGAAAAUUUAGAAAAGACAGCAUAGACAAGGGAGAAAUUAUGAUAAAACAGAUACAAAACCUUGUUCCUUUUACUGUACCUUUUGGCAUAUAAAUUUGGUACAUAUUGGUAUGAUACAAUCAAACAAGGGAGCUUAAUUUCUUCCUGGCAAAUGUAUUAUGGUUUCAAGUAUACUACCUAAUACUCCAAUUAACUUUUAGUGUUAUGCUAGUUCUAUUCUACUAAAGAAGAAUAUAUAGAGAUUAUUCAAGUGACCAUAGAUGAAAGGUACAAAAAUGAAAAGUUGAUUAAAGAAUUUUUUUAAAGCCUACUCAAACACUGAGGCUUAUAUAAUGCAGAGGUUGCAGGAAAACAUAAACUAUGGAUCAUUUUGUCUUCAAGUAAAAUAAAUAUAUACAAAAAUUCUUAUUUAAUCAUAGGAUUUUGACCAGUAUCAAAGUAGCAAUUAAAGCCCAGCCACUUGUAAAGUGUUAUGGACUGACUGCACUAUAAAUGACCAAUGUCAGGUUUAAAAUGUCAUGCAAUAAAUGAUGGUAAAUACAUUUACUGUACAUGUAGACCUCAAGAGCCAGAUCCCUCACUCUACCAACUCUCUGUUUUGAUUUAUUUUAAAAGGAGCUUCGUAGCCUUAUUUAGUAAACACAGAAAAAUGAAAGAUGUUACAUCAUUUUUGUUGCUUUACAGUAUUCAGUUUUGUGUUGGUUCAGCUAAAUUAUGAAAAAUAAAGAAAAUCCUUUUAUAAGUGAGACUUGUUCCCUGAGCAUGACAUCACCAAAGGAAUUUCACUAGAUGAUAAGUAAGGUGGGAGCACAGAGAGAAAGAUGGAAUUGGAAAUUGAGAACAUGAACUGUGUUUUGAAGUUUAACCCUUCCAUUUUCUUGUCUUGGGUACUUUCAUUUUGGUGUGCACAUUUACAGAUCAUAUUAAGGUCAUUUAUUUUCUGGAAAAUGGAUCCUCUAACAAGAGGAUCUAAGAAGGAUAUCUGGAAUAUUUACAUCUAAAAUCAUACAGUCCAAUCAGUUCUGAAUAUGCAACCUUAUAUCUUUGUUUUCUAAUUACUUUAAAUACUCAAGAAAGGGUAGAUGUACAUGGUUAUAAGGUCUACUCUAUAUAAGAACUAUAAAAGAAGAAAGAUUCCGAUGACUCUUCAGAGAUGUGUUUUGGUUUCUGAGUCUCUUGUGUACAGCAGACACUUCAAGGCACUUAAAGUGUGUUUUGUGCUUUUCUGUCCUCCCCCAGAAUGUAUAGUUUUAAACAAACAAAA